UUUUCUAACGCUUCCAGUCAGACGGCUUUUUGUCUGCUUACCGGGCUCAGGGUGUGUGUUCGCUCCGUUUGCCCUCUAUCUUUCAAACACACAUAACACACUCAGGAUGGCAGGGGAGUGUGUUCCUGAGGGUCCCAACCUAGGGGAGAUGGGCGAAGAGGAACUGUGGGAACUGAUUAACGACAACCGCCACCGGAUCUCCCUGGGGGUGAAGCCGGGCAUCUUGAUCCCUUACCUGAGGCAGGCCAGGGUGCUCACGGAGAUGGACGAGGACGAGAUCGUGUCGUGCCACAACCUCACCAACCGCAGCAUGAGAACCAGCCAUAUGCUGGACCUGCUGAGGACCCAGGGCAGGAAUGGUGCUGUGGCCUUGCUGGAGAGCCUGAUGAUCCACUACCCCCCCCUGUACACCCAAGUCACUGGACGCAAACCCAGCACUGAGCCUUCAAGAUUCAGUGGCCUGAUAAAGUACUCAGAGCUGACAGAGUAUCUGGUCAGAGCAGUAACGGGGAUGCAGAAGGAGCUCCAGCAGGCGCGUUACGAGGCGAGCAAGAAAAGCGCUCUCUGUGCCUCCCUGGAGCUGGAGGUCAGGCAGAUCAUGGAGCAUGAGGAGAAGUCCAGAUGCCUUCAGUCUGAAAACCAACGCAUACGGAGGCAGCUGUGUUCUUUGCAGCAUGAAAUCACCAAGAUGAAAGAUGAAAAGUGUGACAUGUAUGUGCGAUACACAGCAGCUAUCGAGGAUAAAUCAGCUGUGAACAUGCGCCUCCACGACCUCAACAUACAGAUCUACCAGCUGCAGACUGAGCUGCUGAAGGCACAAACAGAGAAUGCGUUCCAGAAGACUCCACAGCUGCAGGAGGAACUCAGGAGUCUGCGCUGCCAGCUGUUGAAGGCGGAAAAACUGGACCCAGCGCGUCAGGACAUCCUGGCCCAGGAUCUGGCCGAGGCCAUCGACAGCCAGGUGGAACUGGCAGAGCAGCUCCGGUGUUACAGACACGAGAAUGAACAGCUGCUCUCGGAAAAGCGUGGGGUGAUGAUGCUCUCCACCCCACAAGCAGCAGGAUUGGCUGUGACCACAGUAUUUUUCCACCCUCCCGCCUUCCUCUUCCACACCUCGCUGCACAGAGCUGACUUCAGGAGGGGCAGGGCAUGGCUGACGUCCCAGAGUCAUGGCGGGGAGCUGGACUCCAGUAUGUCUUCCUCUCCUCUCUCAGAGCUCUCUGUUUGUCACUCGCUAUCACCGUCUGUCACGCCACAGAGCGCCACGGCAACACACUCUCCUCACAUGCAUCUUUCCUUCUUGGCCAUGAUGCCCUGUCCAUUGGACCCCUCUGUUUGGCACUCCUGUCCUCACCUGCCGGCCCAGGGAGUCAGGCUUAGUCGUGCUCAGUAUAUGAGGAUGCCCACCCCAGCGUCAGAGCCAUCUGCCAGCUCCCCUCCGGGCGGCAGCCAGGUGCUGGGCACGCUCUCACAGCUCUGCCACAACAGCACCGCCUGCUGCGGUUAG